AUGCAAAAGAUUCCAUAUGCUUCGGCAGUUGGAAGUCUAAUGUAUGCUCAAGUUUGUACGCGUCCAGAUAUAGCGUACAUAGUUGGCGUAUUAGGAAGAUAUUUGAGCAACCCAGGUUUGGAUCACUAUAAGGCAACUAAAAGGGUUAUGAGAUAUCUAAAGAGAACUAGAAGUUACAUGCUCACAUAUCAGAGGUCAGAUGAUCUUGAGAUCAUUUGGUAUUCUGACUCUGAUUUUGCGGGAUGCCAAGAUAGUUUAAGAUCUACUUUGGGCUAUGUAUUCUUGUUGGUUGGCAGAGCGUUCCAUUGGAAGAGUUCCAAACAGGGACUUACAGCUUCCUCCACCAUGGCAACAGAGUUUGUAGCAUGUUAUGAGGUAUCAAAUCAAGAAAUAUGGCUAAAGAAUUUUGUCACUGAGCUGCGUAUUUUGAAAGGGAUUGAAAGACCCCUUAGGUUAUUUUGUGACAAUAAUUCAACUAUGUUAUAUUCGAAUAACAAUAGGAGCUCGACUAAGUUAAAACAUAUCAAUAUAAAGUUCCUAGUUGUGAAGGAAAUGGUACAAAGUGGUCAAAUUUCUAUAGAACACUUGGGUACAAACUCCAUGAUAGAUGAUUCCUUGACAAAGGGUCUGCCACCUAAUGUCUUUCAUGAACACACUACUAACAUGGGUAUUUUAGAUAUGGAUGAUCUCUAG